AUGGCGAAGAACAGGAGGGACAAAGACGGAGGAGCAUUUGGCACGGAUGGAUUGAUUGCUGUGGCGAUAGACAGAGACAAAAGCAGCCAAAAUGCUCUGAAAUGGGCUGUCGACAAUUUGUUGCAGAAAGGCCAAACCAUCCUUCUCAUACAUGUCAAGCCUCGUGCUCCCUCUGUGUGUUCUAUUACCACAAAGACGUGCCAAGUAAAUAAUGACGCUCCAUUGGUGUGUGGAGACCCGGAUGGCUCUUACAGACAGUUGUUCCUUCCCUUCCGUUGCCUCUGUUCACGCAAAGAUAUACAAUGCAAAGAUGUGUUACUGGAGGAGUCAGAUGUGGGGAAAGGUUUAGUUGAAUAUGCAAAUCAGGUCUUCAUUGAGGUAUUGGUGGUUGGUUCCUCCUCGAAAAGUGGCUUUCUCAGGUUCAACAAACCUACAGAUAUACCAGGAACCAUUACAAAGACCGCUCCUGAUUUCUGCACGGUUUACGUCAUAGCCAAAGGAAAGCUUACAACAAAGAAAACAGCCUCUCGUGCUGCGCCUUCUGUUUCUCCAUUGCGCACUCAGCUUCAACAGAAUAGCUUAAAGCCACAUCCUCGUCUGCCUUCUCCUUCUCCUUCUACUAAUCACAAUACAAGAGCUGAGAGACAAUCAUUUGAGUCUCAGAAUCGCAGGUCCAUUGACGAUCAAUCAGAUUCCUCCUUCAGGCCACCCUCCAGUAGAAGAGGCUUGAAUGGGAGAUCAUACGGAGAACUAUCAUUCGCCGACUCUGACAUAUCCUUUAUGAGCUCUGGAAGACCAAGCACUGAGCGUAACUCUCUUUCCUCCUUAUACGACAACUAUGAUUCAAACCGGACUCCUCCUCCUCCAAGGCUGUCUAAUUUCUCAGACGUUGACUAUGGAAGCUUUGAGUCAAUGAGCUACGGACGGAAGUCAAUGGAUAUAAACUCACCAACUGCUUUCUCAAUCGGCUCAUUUGACAAUGAAAGAUCUUCAUCUGCUUCACAAGGAGGGGAUGGUGACGUAGAAGCUGAGAUGAGGAGGCUUAAACUGGAGCUAAAACAAACCAUGGAAAUGUACAGCACAGCUUGCAAAGAAGCGCUCACAGCAAAACAGAAGGCAACGGAGCUUCAACGGUGGAAGCUAGAAGAAGAACGGAAAUUCGAAGAGGCAAAGCAUGCAGAGGAAGCAGCGCUAGCCACUGUAGAGAAAGAGAGAGCAAAAUCCAAAGCAGCAAUAGAAGCAGCUGAAGCAGCUCAAAGGAUUGCUGAGAUCGAGUCAAAGAAGAGAAUCAAUGCUGAGAUGAAAGCUCUCAAGGAAUCAGAGGAGAAGAAGAAAGCCGUUGAUGCUUUAGCGCACUCUGAUAUCAGAUACAGGAAGUACACCAUCGAGGAGAUUGAAGAUGCAACAGAGUACUUUGAUGAUAAAUACAAGAUCGGAGAAGGCAGUUAUGGACCUGUCUACAAGUGUUAUCUUGACCACACACCUGUGGCUGUGAAAGUCUUGCGACCAGAUGCAACUCAAGGCAGGUCACAGUUUCAGCAAGAGGUUGAAGUGUUAAGCUGCAUGAGGCACCCUAACAUGGUACUUCUUCUUGGAGCAUGCCCUGAAUGCGGAUGCUUAGUGUAUGAGUAUAUGGCCAAUGGGAGCUUAGAAGACCGUCUUUUCCGACAAGGAGAUAGUCCUCCUCUCUCUUGGCAAACGAGGUUCAGAAUUGCUGCAGAGAUAGGCACUGUGCUGCUGUUCCUCCACCAGACAAAACCAGAACCACUUGUGCACCGUGAUCUCAAACCAGCCAACAUCUUGCUAGACCGCAACUUUGUCAGCAAGGUUGCUGAUGUUGGCUUGGCUAGGCUGGUUCCUCCCUCGGUUGCAAACACCGUGACACAAUACCGCAUGACGUCAACCGCUGGCACGUUUUGCUACAUCGACCCGGAGUAUCAGCAGACCGGUAUGCUUGGUGUCAAAUCUGACAUUUAUUCGCUCGGCAUCAUGUUUCUGCAGUUGAUAACAGGGAAAGCACCGAUGGGACUGACUCAUUAUGUCGAAAAGGCACUCGAGAAAGGGAAUUUUAAAGGUUUGCUUGAUCCUUCUGUGUCUGAUUGGCCUGUUGAAGACACCACAGAGUUUGCCAAGUUGGCUCUCAAGUGUGCAGAGAUUAGGAGAAAAGACAGGCCUGAUCUUUCCAAAGUUAUCUUGCCAGAGCUCAACAGGUUAAGAGCACUUGCUGAAUCAACUCAGUCUGCAGUUGUCAUCAACAGCUCUGGACCAACCCCCUGCGAAAGCCAAACUUCGUCCCCAAAGUUGUGA